AUGGUCAAAGUUCGGAAAGGCUCUAAACCACCACCAGAUGGAUGGGAUUUAAUUGAACCAACAUUAGAUGAAUUAGAAGCUAAAAUGCGUGAAGCUGAAUUAGCACCACAUGAAGGCAAACGUAAAGUUGAAACAUUAUGGCCAAUCUUUAAAAUUCAUCAUCAAAAAUCACGUUAUAUUUAUGAUCUCUAUUAUAAACGUAAAACAAUAAGUAAAGAAUUAUAUGAUUAUUGUCUUAAACAAUCAAUUGGAGAUAAAAAUUUAAUUGCACAAUGGAAAAAACAAGGUUAUGAAAACCUUUGUUGUCUUCGAUGUAUUCAACCACGUGAUACAAAUUUUAAUAAAAAAUGUAUUUGUCGUGUACCAAAAGAAAAAUUAGAAGAAGGCAAAGUUGUUGAAUGUGUUCACUGUGGAUGUCGUGGAUGUUCUGGUUAA